GCUGAUUGGCUCAGCCGCACUCGCCUACGAACGGCCCCAGUAAAUGGUAUUUCCCCUCAGCGUUUAACAGUAAUGUAUACUGGCUCAGGGUACACUGUGGUCUGGGAAAUUGAGUGAACGUACAGACAUGGCUCAGACGAACAAACGAGAUGAGCAGAGCGACGUGUUCGCCGGCUUUCGCUCGACUUUUAAGUCUUUCGCCACAGAAGCCAUACAUGUCGGUCAGGAGCCGGAACAAUGGACAUCUAUGGCAGUUGUACCGCCGAUAUCUUUGUCCACUACUUUCAAGCAGCAAUCACCAGGAAACCACGCCGGUUUUGAAUACAGCCGAAGUGGAAACCCUACCAGAAACUGUCUGGAGAAAGCCGUGGCAGCCCUGGACGGCGCAAAGUACUGCCUCGCUGUUGCCUCAGGACUGGCCGCCACGGUGACCAUCACUCACCUGCUGAAGGCAGGCGACGGGAUCGUUUGCAUGGAUGAUGUGUAUGGAGGCACAAACCGCUACUUCCAAAGGAUCGCAACUGAAUUUGCCCUGGACAUAUCAUUGGCUGACUGUACUAAACCAGAGCUGCUCAAGGCUGCUCUCAAACCUAAUACUAAACUGGUGUGGAUCGAGACGCCGACCAAUCCCACCAUGAAGGUUGUUGACAUCAGAGCCUGUUCUGAUUUGGUGCACGAGCACUCUAAAGACAUAGUGGUGGUCGUGGACAACACCUUCAUGUCUGCUUAUUUCCAGCGCCCCUUGGCUUUGGGAGCUGAUAUCUGCAUGUACUCAGCCACCAAAUACAUGAACGGGCACAGCGAUGUGGUGAUGGGUCUGAUCUCAACAAACAGGGACGAUCUGCACGAGCGACUGAAGUUUCUGCAGAACGCGUUGGGUGGUGUGCCGUCCCCCUUCGACUGCUUCCUGUGUAACCGCGGGCUGAAGACGCUACACCUCCGCAUGGAGCGGCACUUCAAGAACGCCAUGGCCGCCGCGAAGUUUCUCGAGGCCGAUCCCAGGGUGGAGCGCGUCAUCUUCCCAGGCCUGCCCUCUCACCCGCAGUACGAGGUGGUGAAGAGACAAUGCACCGGCUGCCCAGGAAUGAUCACCUUCUACAUAAAGGGCAAACUGGAGCAUGCCACCGCCUUCCUCAGCAACCUCAAAAUGUUUGCUGUGGCAGAGAGUCUCGGUGGUUAUGAGAGUUUAGCAGAACACCCGGCGAUUAUGACCCAUGCGUCAGUGCCAGAAAAAGAGAGGGCUGUUCUGGGCAUCAGUGACACACUGAUUCGCCUCUCUGUUGGAAUAGAGGAUGAGGAAGACAUCAUUGAAGACCUGGACCAGGCACUGAAUGCUGCUCAUCCAAAGAAGAAUUGAAAUUGUUGCCGGAGCAUCAUGGUGGCUGAGGUCAUUAUGAAGACGCGACCGAAGAUCAAAAUGUGGCGCCUCGUUUCAGCUGAAGGCACCUUUGCGGGAACAGUUGUUUCUGGCAAACAAUCCGAAUCACGCUACCUGUGAAUGAUUAACACAAUUUUACAUUAGAAUCUUUUAAAUGCCUUUACAAGAGCACCACAUGUAAUCUUAUUUAUCUGAUGAUGGUUUUGCUUUGUUUACAUGUUUGUUUCUGUUUUAAGUUUCCCUGAUUUUUAAAAAAAGGUUUUAUUAGGGAGAUUUCCUUUUAGAGUCCUUGAAAGGGAAAAGGGAUAUGAAAGAAACUAACCUUGCUCUAACUCUGCAGAUCUCCAUAUUUACUAGUUAUGUUGUAAUACCCAGCUGUAAAACGGCCUUUAGUGAUGCAAAACUCAUGCUGAGCUCCUGCUGCCAUCUGCUGAUCAAAAGUCAGAGAAAAGUCAGGACAACAACGGUUCCGAUCUCUUUGGUUAACUAUCAUCCUACACACAAGAAAAACAAAAAUUCUGUUUUGUUUGGCUCAAACUUUGUGCGUCUUCAUGCUUGCUUUUCCAAAGGAAAAAUGCCUCAGGCUAAUUAAGCAAAACACUGUGGGAGGACUUAGUGUGCACAUGCGGGAUUGAGCGCGGUUCCUCAGUGGAGAUGCUAUAAAGGGAUUUUUAUAUCAACAACCACAGGUUGUUCCAGAAGUAUUUAUCUGAGGAAGGCUUGAAGAAAUACAUGUGUGUUCUCGAAGUUAGGAUUUUGGCCAAUGAGGAAAGCAAAAUUUUCUCCUAGGUCAGGACUCUCAUUAGGUUUUUAUCUGCUUAUCAAUGUUGUUAUUGGCAAAUCCAUUAAAUUCUGUUUGCAGUACAAGUCUUUGGCCCUCUGUCUUCUUCUCAUCGGUCUAGGAGCUGAUACUCCACAUUUGGUUAAGGCUGAUUAAUCAGAUCAGAUACUGGGCUUCUCAGUGACCAAGUCAUCAAUCAAUUCCAACUGAAACUUCAAGUUCUGCUUUAAGAAGAUCAGUUUUACGCUUAGAUGUUCAGAUUCUGUUUGACUUUGUUUAUCCGUAACUCAUGAGGGUAUAAUGGAUUUAUUUUCCUCCUGCCACUUCUCAGCCUGACCAGUGCUGCUAGGUGUUCAAAUGUGAAGGAUGGUGUGGUCAGAAUAGGCACUAGGACUGUGAGAGGUGCUCACAACACUUAAGGCCUAAUAGCACUUUGGUCAUGAGCGAAUGUCCAAAUGUUCCCGGAAGACAUCAGCCCUCAGCCUUCAACCCUUCCAACUCAACCAGAUCCUCUUUUGGAGAAUUCAUCUAUCAGAUUAGACUUGAACAUAGAAGAAAAAACAUAGAUAACUUUUUUUUUUUGUCUGCAUUUUAAGAUAUGACUAAGUGCAUCGACUCAGAAUAACAAAGGUUUCACCAGAUUAAAGUUGCUGUAGGAAAAUACUGCACGUAGUGCAAAUCUUCACUAUAAACAUGAAGUGUUUAUUUUAUGGUUCUUAAUGUGAGCUGGCCACCCACUAACCCCUUACUGAAAGCCAUCUGCAUUUUGUCUCCUCUGUAGUCAGAAAUGACGUUCAUUUACACGCAUCUGAAGAUAAAAGAUGUUGAGUUCAGAGAACAACUUGCUUGGAGACUCCACUAAAAGGACCCGUGGUUUGAAAUAGCAAUUUUGGUUCCCACAAAUCAUCUUGACUGCUUGGACAUUGUGAGGAAGUUUUGAUUGUCUGUCGGUUUACUAUCAUUAAAAGAUUUAAACAGAUUAAACUUGUUAAAGCCU